CUUCUCUCUCCCCAUAAUUUCAAAAAAAAAAAAUCCCUAAAUCAGAAAAACCUUUUAGAAAAAUCCCCAAUUCAGUAGCUAAAAAUCGAAUUCGAAAUUUCCAAAUGCAGCGAUGAAGCGCUCUUUGAUAUUCCUUCUACUGUUAAUUAUAAUCUUAUCACAACUAUUCUCUCAAUUUUGCCUCUCUGAUCAAAGCAAUCUGAUCACCAAGCAUUUCAACCCUCUAUUGCCGCCAGCACCGCAACUGAUUUUUGUGCAGCGGAAGCCGUCACUGAAUGCAGAUGAUUAUAUCGGAGGAUGGAGAAAUUACAUUGGGAUUGAAAAAGACUACUGCUUUUCUUGUCAAUGCCAAGAUGGGGAGAUUCGCACAUAUAAGUUUGAUAAUGCUGCUUCGAAGUUGGGGAUUCAAGCGUUUGAAGAUAUUACUGUUAUGUUGUCGAAAGAUGCUAGAGAAUUGGUAGAAUCUGGUGGUGUUGAUUUGGGAACUUUUAAGCAUCUGGUUUAUAUCACGAGGACAGAUUAUGUGCUGCAACCGUAUGCUCCAAACUCCACUGAGAUUUUAUGGAAUGUGGCAUUUGCGGAUACUGAGGCUGAAUUUCGGUGUCAGGGUAUUCAGAGUUCUUUUGGUGGGGUGUCCCUGAAUGCAAAUGAGGACACAGAUGUGAUCGAGUGGCAAUUGCCUUGUCAAAUGAAGAGACUUGCCCUCUGAAUUUGUAACCACAGCAUGUUUGAAUUUGAUACGCUAGCAAUUACUCAUAUAGGAGGUGGAGCCACCUUUCUUCCAGUUAUAGAUAACAAACCUCCUUUCGGGCAUGUUUCUAGAUUUCAGCCGGCUCUUCCCAAUAGUGGAGGCAUACCUAUGCUUGGGUCAACCUCUUCUGAGGCCAAAAUCGAUGGGAUAUUGGCUCCUUUCAUUGGAAACGGUGAUACAGUGAAUGCCAUAAGCCCAUCUUCUGAAAUGAUAGCAAAACAGCUGUUUUGUCGAUUAUGGGGUUCAUCUUUUACAAAUAUUUAGCAUUCAGAAAACAGGGCAAGUUGAAUAAACCUAUUGAGGAACUUCAAACCCAAUCUGGGAUGCCAUAAAAGAAGAAAAAUCAGAGGUCAGGAAACAACAAGAAUAAUUCCAAUAAUGAGAAAAUGCAGAAAUAUGUCUCUUCAGAGAAAGGUCGGUUAAACCAAUGGAAUUUUGCCUGUUGAAGGAAAUGAAAGGAAUUUGUUGUUGAGUUUGCUGAUCAUGUUGAUGGUCGUAGAAUUGGCAAGUUGUUAGUUUCCAACAAAGAAAUUGCUAAGGGCAGUAAUGGU